AAGGGAGACAGGUGGAACCAAUGAUAACAAGACAAACACUUCAUUAAAACCUGUUCAAGCUUCCCUUGAAUUCCCGCGCGUUCCGUUAGCGGACCAAUUAUCUCGCGAGAAGAAGGGUCCUCACAAGACUCAAACUUCCUCCCUGUAACGCCGAGGUUCUCUGUUGGUAAACUAAAUUCCGGGGUGCAGUGGGAGCUCUGUGGCGCCGCCUCAAAUCCCUCAGAAGUAAACCCCUAUUCCCCUCCGAGAGCCAGGCCUUCGACCGCUAUGGAAGGACACCAAGGGCAAGGAAGUCAUGCUACCCUAGCACUCGCCCAGGCUCAUUUUGACAAGGGGGAGUACGCGGAGGCCGAGGCGCUGUACUCCGCUUAUAUUCGCCAGGGCGCAGGUGCAGCCCCCGUCGGCGCGCAUCCGGGGAGCAAAUGCAUCCCUGAGGAUUUGGCUACUGCGUAUAACAACAGAGGGCAAAUCAAGUACUUGAGGGUUGAUUUUUUUGAAGCCAUGGAUGACUACACAUCUGCCAUAGAAGUUCAACCCAGUUUUGAAGUUCCAUAUUACAACAGAGGGUUGAUACUGUAUAGGCUGGCCCCUAGGACUGUGUGUGGCAGGCAGAAGAGCCUCAACUGUGUGGAGUGGUUCAAGGAACAACUCAAUUGGAAUCUGCUUGUGCACUUGCUGUCUAGAGUUUGCGGAUUCAUCACUGGCUAAUAGGUAUGAGGUGGAUAAGACCCUGAGAAAGGACCCAGUUUGUAGUUAAGUUUUCAUUUUUCUUAGAACAGCUUACACUUCUGGUUUAACUUAGAGGAAGAAAGUCUCUAAGAGGUCAAAUUCAGCAGGGACUUUUAAAAAAAAUACAGCAUUGUAACAGGUACCUGUGAUGGCUUUAAUGGAAUUGAUUUAAAAAUAAAGAUAUGUGAAAGCCACAGAUACCUCUGAUGAGAUGUUAUUUGGGAAUGAGAUUACUGCAGAUCUGAUUAGCCCAGAUGAUGUAGAUGGAAGCCAGAUCCUUCAUCCACCAUUCCUAGUGUCCUUAUGUGAAUGGUGUUCUUAUUAGGAAAAGGACAUUUGAACACAGUCACGGACCUUCCAUCAUGAAGGCCUUAUGAAGAUGGCAGGAGAAGUUGGAGUGGUGCUGCCCCAAGUCAAGGAGUACCCAGGGCUGCCAGAAACUGGAAGAGCUGAGCAGAUUCUUUCCCUGUCAUUGGAAGGAGCAUGGUUCUGCCUACAUCUCCAUUUUGGACUUCUGGUUUCCAGAACUGUGAGAGAACAAAUCUCUGUUGUUAUAAACCACCCAGUUUGUGAUAUUUUGUUAGGGCAGGGCUUGGAAACAAGAACAGUACCCAAUAAAUAAUCCAAUUUUCAGGCAACAA